UCUCCUCGGCUUUUGACUUCGGCUCACCCACCAUGAACUCUCUCCUGAGGCCGCCGCUGCCGGGCCCGAGCCUCUGCGCGAGGAGCCGGGUCUCGCCGUCGCCGGCGGCGGGGCGGCUUGGCUCGGCGGCGUUGGUUGGCGGCGGGCGGAGAUGCCGCCGCGGGCUGGCGGUGGCGGCGUCGGCGGCUCCGUCGUGGAUGGAGGAGGCGGGGGUGGCGGUGCUGGAGGAGGGCGUGCGGAGGAACCCGUCGGUGUCCGAUUCGUACCGGCCGGCGGGGCUGCCGCGGCCGAACGCGACGGUGCUGGAGGCGCAGGGGCGGGUGUGCACGGGGCCCGGGCAGACGCGACCGCUCGGGGAGGAGCAGGCCAUGCGCGUCCUCGACACCAUCCUCCGCUCCGCAAUGGGAGAACUCAAAGAAGAGCCAGCCUCCAGUGCACAGCUGGGUGCAUUCUUUGCUGGCAUGACAAUAAGAGCUAAUUCUUUUCCGGAGGCCACUCGAUGGAGUGAGGGUGAACGACGAGCCAUGAGCAUAUUUUGGCCACGCCUUGUGCAAGUUCUUCCUCCUGAGGUGAAGUUUAUAGCAGACCCUGAAGGAACGAUCAUGGGUGCAAAUGGUUUAACAGGACCUCGGUAUGUUGGUCAAGGAACUGGAGAGAUGAGACUUGUUGGUGCUUUGAGGGAAGUGCUUGCUGGUGGCCAUUUAGGUUAUGAGGAGGUUCAGUGUGUACUAAAGGACAUUUUGCCAAUUGGAUCAAAUUCAAGUUCAACAGUGGUUAGUGAAGCACUUCUAGCAGCAUUUUUGAUUGGACAGCGGAUGAAUAGAGAAACUGAUCGUGAGCUCAAAGCAUAUUGUCUAGCCUUUGAUGAUGAACUAGGUCCUCCUCCAGUUGCUGAUGUUAAGUCCUUGACACACUACGGUGAACCAUAUGAUGGGAAUACACGCUUUUUUAGGAGUACUCUAUUUGUUGCAGCAGUUCGAGCCUGCUAUGGUGAAUCUUGCCUCCUGCACGGUGUUGAAUGGAUGCCACCCAAGGGUGGAAUAACAGAAGGACAGAUGCUUAAAUUUAUGGGUGCAAACAUACACUUGUCUCCAACACAGGUCAAGACACUGUUGGAGGAUGAGAACGCUGGUUUUGCAUACUUGAAUCUUCAAGAAGCUUGCCCACCACUAUAUUCAAUAAUUGGGCUCAGGGAGCAUAUUAAGAAACGACCACCAUUGGCUACCUCUGAGAAGGUUCAACAAUUUGUGAGAGCACGUGGAAGAGAAUCAAUGAUUGCAGGAUUUUAUCAUGAAGGCUAUGAAGAUCCAUUACUUAUGCUUAUGAGAAGGAGAACUGUUCAUGCUGGACUAGUUGUAAAGGGGGAGGAAGGUGCACUAUCAAUGACAACCAAGGAAAGAUCAGCUCAUGCGUCGAAAGGGCUUCCAGUUAACCACUGUUCAGGGUUCCGGACACCAAACAGCAUAAAUUCAUCAGAGACUGAUGGUAUUGCUAGAGAGAGCUUCAAGGUCAUUGUGAAUGCGCAGGAGCUUGGUUUUGAAUCCACGGAAACUCCAAGAACUGAUAGAUCGAUCCUGAAGAACUUGGAGCUGGGUCUUGCCGCACUUGGCGGUGAGAAAGGAGCAGCCUAUGACCGAAUAGUUCUUAAUGCAGCUAUGGCUGACCACUUACUGGGCUGCAGCGGAGCUGAGGAUAUCAACACCGCGCUUGACCGUGCGAGAGAAGCCAUUGAUAGUGGUAAAGCUCUUAGAAGGCUCAUGAGUUACAUAAAGAUCUCGCACAAAGUGACCUAAUCUUGAGUCUUGACCUGGUGCUGGCUGUACAAUUUUGGUUUCCAAGUCACGACCGAAGAUCUUCCCAGAGCGGCUUUGCCACUCAAUAUUACGAGCCAGUGCAUGAAUAUUCCCUUGGAAGGGCUGUCAAUAAGUCAGUUAAAAUGAAACAGUAGCUUGUUGAGAAGGGUAGCCACAAGGAAUGCUUUGUUGUAUUGCCCUGAGAGAAGUUGAUGUUGUGUAACACGUGCAAGUUCUCUUCAAAAUCAAAAAACAGAUUAUACUGCCUCGUUGAGUUUUUU